AUGAUAUUAUCGGUGUGUGUGUGUGUGUGUGUGUGUGUGUCAGACGAGUCGGGCAGCGGGCAGCCAGAGGGUCUGGAUCUGGUGGUGUGUCGCGCUCCGGCCGGAGAGCUGUAUGUGGAGGGAGAGACGUGGCGUCUGGACGAGUGCAGCAGCUGUACUUGUCGACAGGGAAGAGUGCUGUGUGACUCUGAAUCCUGUCCUCCGCUUCUGUGUCACACACCUGUCCGGAGCAGAGACAGCUGCUGCUACACCUGUACAGACGAUCUGGAGCCGCCGCGUCCCGUGAACAGCAGUCUUCAGGAGCUCUGCGUCUCCAGCGCUGGAGAAAUCCUGCGCAGCGGCGACUCGUGGAAACCCAACGCCUGCAGCAGCUGCGUCUGCCGCGACGGGAACGUCCGCUGCUUCUCACAGCAGUGUCCACUCGCCGACUGCAGGGUCCCCGUGCUGCGCAAGGGCCAGUGCUGCCCGCAAUGCAUGCUGGAGAUAACGAGCUCGUCAGCGCCGCUAAUGCUGUCGACGGCCGUCACCGAGGCCUGGACCACCGCCGCUCCUCCGCGCCGCAGCGUCACACAUGGAGAAGGUCUCUCGCGGGACGUCCCGAGCCAGAUGCAGAUGACGCUCAUCUACCAAUCAGCGGCCUGGAUUCUGGCGGGAAUCCUGCUGGCUGUGUUCAUCUUCCUCCUGGUGGCCAUCCUGGUGAACUGCAGGAAGAACUGGGUUCAGAUGUCCUGCUACGGCACGCCCAAGAAGACGGUGAUCCUGCAGAAACACGUGAACAAGAGUUCUCUCGUCUACAUGGAGCCGUCCAGAGAGAGUCAGUUCCAGAGCGUGAAGAGCGGAGAGCGAGUCUGUGUCCCGCGCACUAAACUCACUCACGGACACGUCCAGCGCUAGCGUCAGAGGCCAGAAACUCCACCGAACAUCCCAGUACUGUGAUCACCUCCUGCUUUAUUCCCUGUUUUUAUGAUGUUCGGAGCGUCCAAACUAAACAGGACCACAGAAACGAAAGAAAGAAAGAAACAAACCAAACGUUCAGGAACCAGACGGACCUUCGGAGACCAGAGAAAAGAGAUCUGCACAGACGUGUUUCCUGGCCUCUCCAGUCUGUUUAUUCGUUUCUAUACGCUCAAGUGUUUUACUUGUAGUUUGUUGUUAGUCGCUUGUAAGCCUUGUGACUGAACAUUGCUGUAUACACACACACACACACACACACACACA